AUGGGCAGCAUUCGGCAAACUAAGAUAUGUGUUAAAAUCAAUGUGCUUAAAGAGGAAGGUGUACCAUCAGUGCGUUAUGCCAGUACUUACAUAUGGCGCAGAGACACUUACACUGACGAAAAAGUCCAUAGAAAAAAUCCGUGUAGCCCAACGAGCUAUGGAAAGAGCAAUGCUUGGUAUGCUAUAUAUCUGCUUAAAAAACUCAAAUGGAACUGGGCUGGGCAUAUUGCCAGAAGAACGGAUGAUAGAUGGACCAAGCUAAUACUAGAAUGGCGGCCAAGACAAGAUGCUCUCAGAAACAGAGGCAGACCUCCGACAAGAUGGUCAGAUGACUUGAAGAGAUUUAGGGGAAACUGGAUCCAAGUGGCACAGGACCGAGAAGAGUGGAAGGAUUUGAGGGAGGCCUACGUCCAGCAGUGGACACUUCAGGCUGGUUGA